AUGACGGAUAGUUGGACAAACUUGAUGGACAAACUGGAUAGACAUGGAGGUGCUCUACAUCUACAAGUGAAAAUGCCGCCCGAAAAGUUGAUAAGCUCCAAUGAUGUCUUUAACACUGUUGAACAGUUAACAUUUCCAGUUAGUGGGAUGGCCGGAUUAAUUAGUGGUUUAAAAGGUGUAUUAUCCGGAAUCGUUCGACCGGAAAAUUUCGAAGUUCCCAGCCAUCUAUGCUACGGAUACGAUAGCUUUGAAGAAGAAAAGAGGAAGGAAGUGGUAACAGACCUGGAAAUUUUACCAUGCUAUAUAUGA